AUAGCAGCCUUAGCAUGGCUGUGCAGAAGAAGCAGAGUGUUGUUCCUCCAUCGCAGGGACCACUCUCCACACGCACCGUCCAAAGCCAGAGGAGGGCCAGUCCUCCACAGACAGCCAAAGAAAAUGGGGUUUAUGUCAAAUCAAGUCCACAGAAGGCGCCCUGUCCUGUCUACAAGUCUGAGCACAUCCCAGCCACUUCACGGACUGUUACAGGUCAAAAUGGACUAAAUGUGGACGAAAGGCUCAAAGCUGCUCGGGAAAGACGGGAGGAGCAGCAGAAGAUCAUAGCCUCUCGGGAGAAGAAUCGAUUGGAGCGAGAGCAGAGAGCCAAACAGCAUUAUGAACUACAGCUGCAGGAGCGCAAGAAAAGACUCCUGGAACAGCGCCACCGUGAGGAGAGCAGACGCGCUGCUGUGGAGGAGAAGCGCAAACAGAGGCUACAGGAGGAGAAAGAACGAUAUGAAUCUGCAGUUCGCAAGACACUGGAGAAAAGCCAAAGAGCCCAACAGAACAGCCAAAACAGAGGAAGAAAGCCAACCAAAUCCAAUGUUCCACGUCAAAGACCGCUGACGACUUGGGAGAAAAAUCUGGUCAGGCGCCUGCUCACCCCCACCUGCUCCUAUCUGAACCGCAGCAAGAGCGCAGGCUGCCAGGGAACAGUGGAGCAAGUUGUCCAUGUUUGUCGUCGUGCAGUUUCAUAUCACUCCACUACUACCACCAACACCAUCACCACUUCCACCCAUCACAAACCCCAGCCCAGACCCCCGGCCUCCCCCAGACCCAAGAAUCUGCAGAUGAGAAGCACCACUGUGCCACAAGUUAAAGCUGCCAGGGUGGACAGUGUUAAUAAGAAGAGCAGGAACCAUUCAUUUAAUGCCAAAUUUCCUGGGGCCAAUCCCAGUCCACAAACAACCACACAGAAAGAAAGUAGAGUAGCCACUUCUUCACCAGAGCGCUCUCCCAGGAAAUCAAUCCGACGACAUUCAGCCCCGCAGCCGCCCGAGCUCCCACCUGUCCCGGAGGAAGAGGUGGGUGCAGGACUGGACGCCCCCUGUCCCGGUAACAAACGGCCUGUCAGGACAAUCAGAGCUGUCAGGACGUCCGGUGAAGGUCGCACUGUGAAAAUAUGUGAAGACUAUAUAAUUGAGGCUCCUCGCUCCAGUCUGUCCGCCAUCUUAGAGACCCAAGAGACCAGCAGAACGGAUGGAGAUGGAAGCCCCUCACAGGUGCCUCCGUGUCCAGUUCGACGGCUCCCAGAGAUCGAGCCCAAGCCCUCGGCCGGGACGUCAGACCCAGAGGAGGCGGCUCGGGUCCUGGCAGAGAAGAGGAGAGAGGCCCGACUGCAAAGAGAACAAGAACAACAGGAAGGGCUGCAGAGGGAGGAGGAGGAACGGAGAAAUCGUGAGGCGUUAGAGCGCAGAAAAGCAGAGGAGCGAGCGCAACAGCAGGCUGAAGUCCAGCGUCUGAUCGAGGAGAAGAGGAGGAGAGAGGAAGAAGAGCAGAGGAGAGCAGAAGAGGAGAGGGCUCAGGCUCUGAGAGAGGCACAGCUGCUGCAGAAACAGCGAGAAGAGGAACAGGCCAGGGAAAGAGUCAGAGCCGAGCAGCUGAAACAGGAGAGGGAACAGCUGGCACAGAAAGAGGAGGUGGAACGGCAGGCGAGGAAGAAGAGGCUGGAGGAGAUCAUGAAGAGAACCAGGAGAACUGACUCUCCAGAUACGAAGCCAGUGUCAGUGAGGAUCUCUGCUCAGCCGAAGGAGAACACUCAGCCUGUGAGCAGCAGCACCAUCGAGGAGGCUGUGAAAGUCGUGACCAAACCCACCUCUUUAGGUCUCCACAGUGACGAUGAAGGGGUUCCUGUUGUAGCUUUUAAAGAACGAAGAUCUCUGCGAACUCUCACCGGACUGGAUGAGAUACAGAGCCAGCAGAGAGCAGAGGUCAUCUGAGUCACUCCAGGGCUAAGUGCUGCUGUCUGUGAAUCACUGCAGUGGAGCCGUGUUUGCUUCCUCCAGGCCUCUUUGGGAUCAUGUAAUGUCCCUGCUAUGCCUUUAACUUGGAACACAGCAUCUGGCUACUUCUCUGUCCUUCACAUUUCACCAGGUUUUUGACUUGAAACAUAAGAGUAGAUUGCGGUGAGUAUUUGCAAAAGCUCUGUAUUUGUCUUUCCUUUGUAAUCAUUGAAAUUAAUAGCUGCUGUAACAAUCACAAAAUGUCAGCCAUAUGUGUUUUGCUGAUUCCUUAUAUUGUAUUUCUUGCUGGAAAAGCACUUUUUCUUCCCAGUGUUGUGGAAUAAGAAAAGCUUGAGCUGCUAUCUGCACUAGACAUUUUAGUAUUGCUUCAUAUUUGAAUUGUAUUGUUUUAAAUAAAUAAAGCAACUGCUAUUUCAAAGCAGCUAUAGAGUAGUUUCCAAAGACGUUGCUUCAGUUGAGCUAGAGAUGACGUAGACCAGGCAAGUUCAAAGCAUUUAUUGCACUGUAGGUUUGAUAUUAUGUCAUUCAACAAUGCAAAAAACAGGGUUUGACAAUUUAUUUAAAAAAUAAGGACAAGUCAUGAUGUAACCAAACAUGUGCUUAGCUUAUUUUUAUUUACUUGCUAUAACAAAAGUAUACUUCCAUUAUAAUAAUAUGUUUUAGCAAGAAGAUUCAAUAUU